AUGUCUGGACUCAUGCACAAGGUUAAGGAGGCUGUCACUGGUCACCACGACUCCUCCCACAGCUCGGCCCACGACUCGACUACCCAGCAUAACACGACUCAGAACACUCACACUGGCCACAACAGCCUUGACAACACGAACACAAACACUAGACACUUUGACACUGCUCGUGCCGAUAGCCAGAUUGACAAGCAAGCUGUACGAGAUGCCACCGUGACCACUGGUCCUGAUGGGGAAAAGGUCGCUCACACUAGCACCCACGGUCCUCGCGUGGUCGAGUCUGGCCACGGCCACAGCAGCGGCCACCACACCUCUACCAGCUCCUCCACCUCCGGUCCUCACAACUCCAAGAUUGCCAACAAGCUGGAUCCUCGUGUGGAUUCGGACCGUGACAACCGCGCUCGCCAUGAGGCCAUUGGCGGCACUUAUGGCCCUCACGACUCCAACAUUGCCAACAAGAUGGAUCCCCGUGUUGACAGUGAUGCUGAUAACCGCGGUGCUCACAAGCACUCCGGCGUUGGAAGCACCGGUGCUUAUGCCAGCGGUGCCCGCGGCAGCUAUGGUAACACCAGCACCAACGCUAGACCUCACAACUCCAACAUGAUGAACAAGGCCGACCCCCGUGUCGAUUCGGACAUGGACAACCGCGCCCGUCAUGAGGCUAUCGGUGGUACCCACGGCCACCACAGCUCCAACGUUGCCAACAAGAUGGAUCCUCGCAUCGACUCCGACAUGGACAACCGCGCUGCUCGCACUGGACUUGGCUCCACCCAUGGCACCACCCACGGCACUACUGGCGCCUAUGGCGCUGGCCACACUGGCCACUCUUCGCUCGGCAGCAACACCACCCAUGGAACCACUGGUUCCUAUGGUACCGGCAUGGGCACCAGCACCAGCACCAGCACCAACGCCGGACCUCACGACUCCAACAUGAUGAACAAGAUGGACCCCCGCGUUGACUCCGACAUGGACAACCGCGGUGCCUAUGGCAGCCACGGUACCACUGGCCACUCUUCCCUCGGUAGCUCUGGCCUGGGCAGCAGCACCCACGGUACCACUGGCUCGCAUGGCACCGGCCUUGGUAGCAGCACCACCCACGGCACCACUGGCCACUCUUCCCUCGGUAGCUCCGGCCUGGGCAGCAGCACCCACGGUACUCACGGGACUGGCUCCUACGGCACUGGCACUGGCACUGGCAUGGGCAUGGGCAUGGGCAGCAGCACCAGCUCCAACGCCGGCCCCCAUAACUCCAACUUGAUGAACAAGAUGGACCCCCGCGUUGACUCCGACAUGGACAACCGCGCGCGCCACGAGGCCAUGGCUUCCAACAGCUACAACACCUCUGGCACCUCCGCCACUGCGGGCCCCCACAAUUCCAACAUCAUGAACAAGAUGGACCCCCGCGUCGACUCUGACCUCGACAACCGUGGCACCCUCGGUAGCCAGCGCUACUAA